CCGGACCGACCCCAUAUGGACGGCUCUAGUAUUCUUGCACCCUUUAAUUUAGAAUCUUUAUAUUGCCCUUAUUAUUUAUGACAAUUAUUUCACAUGAUGGUUUCGUCUAUAAAUGUAGAAUUUCAAACUUGUUUCUCUCUAACGGUAGAAGAAUCUAUUAACACUUUGCAGCGGUUUCUUUUCUAUGCUCUUUCUUUCUAUUCCAAAGAAGGCCAACUCUAUUUAUACUUGUUCUCCAUCAAUCAUUUUUUCUCCCAAAAAAGAACACAAAUAUUCAAAGCAAAGCAUCCUCAUCCAUGGCUAAUUUACUUCAUAUUUCUUCCUUAUUCCAUCUUUUCUGCCUCUUUCAUCUCGUAUGCGUCGCAAAAUCACAGUCAUUUAUCGGUAUAAACUAUGGCCAAGUUGCUGAUAAUCUACCAGCACCAGAAGCAACAGCAAAGCUACUGCAAUCAACUUCUAUUCAAAAAGUCCGUUUAUACGGUUCUGACCCUGCUAUAAUUAAAGCUUUAGCGAAUACAGGCAUCGGAAUCAUGAUUGGAGUAGCCAACGGUGAUAUACCAGCAAUGGCCUCUGAUCAAAAUUUCGCGAAUGGAUGGUUAACUACUAAUGUACUUCCAUUUUAUCCGGCGAGUAAAAUCAUUGUAAUCAAUGUAGGAAAUGAAGUUAUGUCGACAAAUGAUCAGAAUUUGAUGGCUAACUUGUUGCCCGCGAUGCAAAAUAUGCAAAAUGCGUUGAAUGAAGUUUCGAUUGGAGGGAAAAUUAAGGUUUCUACGGUUCAUUCUAUGGCGGUUAUGAAGCAAUCGGAUCCUCCAUCUUCGGGGAGUUUUGACCCGAAUAUUGGUGAUUUGUUGAAAGGAUUAUUGGAGUUUAAUAAAGCUACUGGUUCUCCUUUUGCAAUUAAUCCUUAUCCUUUUUUCGCUUAUCGGGAUGAUCCUAGACCUGAUACUUUAGCAUUUUGCUUGUUUCAACCUAAUGCUGGUCGAGUUGAUGCUGGUUCCAAGAUCAAGUACACCAACAUGUUCGAUGCUCAGGUGGAUGCUAUAAGAUCGGCGCUUAACGCUAUGGGAUUCAAGGAAGUAGAAAUUGUAAUUGCUGAAACAGGGUGGCCUUAUAAGGGAGACAGCAAUGAAGUUGGCCCAAGCAUUGAGAAUGCAAAGGCUUAUAAUGGCAAUUUGAUUGCUCACUUGAGGUCAAUGGUCGGUACUCCUUUGAUGCCUGGAACAUCAGUAGAUACCUAUCUCUUUGCCAUGUACGACGAGGAUCUGAAACCAGGACCAACUUCUGAGAGAUCCUUCGGACUUUUCAAGCCUGAUUUAACCAUGACUUAUGAUAUCGGACUUUCUAAAGCUAACAAUCAGGUUCCAACACCAAAAACUCCGAUGACUCCCUCGCCAGAACAAGCUCCAAAAGCUCCAACGACCCCCUCGUCAGGUCAAAUGCCAAGAACUCCAGUCACUCCCUCGUCAAAUUCAACAGGAACUCCGGCGACUCCGGUGCUGGUUCCAACUCCAAACACCACGGUGACUCCCGUGUCACCAAAGACAGAGAAAAGUGUUAAGGCAGGUGUAUCAGAUGCUCAAUUGCAAGCAAAUAUCAACCUGGGGAUACUUGUUUUGAGCCAAAUAUUGUGGUACCCCAUGCUGCUGCAUAUGUGAUGAAUCUCUUCACCAAAUUCAGUAAGGAAUCCUUUGAACUGACAGCUUCCUUAUCAUCAACAAAUCCUAAUAAGCUGUUGAUCAGUUGUCGUCUGUUGGGGAAUCUUUGUAGCUCAGUUGGUUGUCUGGCUACCUGCAUUUUCGCCUUAUUGGUGAGGGUUCGAUUUCUCAUCUUGUAAUCCCUUUAUAUCCCCUUCCCCUGCCCACAAUUUUGCGUGAUAUUAUCAGGCAAAAUACGGAGUCUAGUAAAGGAAUUUAUUUGAUUCCUUACCUAUAUGUCAAAAAAAAUUGUUAUGUUUAGCCACCUUUGUAUGGUUUGUUGCUUAGUGAGAUGUUUUGUACUUUGUAGUACUAUUUUGUCAACUGUUCAUAUAUGUCAAGUUGCAGUACAUAUUUAUUGA